GUUGCGAUGAUGCGGCCUGCCUGCCUGCCUGGCGCCGCGGACGCUUGGCUGCGGCUCGCCGAGUAAAGCCAGCCAAGCCAAUGCCAAUAGCUUGGCGACGCCGACGGCCAAGGACUCGGCAGAGAUGCUGGACGAACGGGGAGCGCUUGCUUGCGAAUCGAGGCUCAGCUACGCCCGGAUUUCACUUCACAUUCUUAUUCUUGGAACACUGUCCGUUUCUGCGAUCUAGUGGCGGCUGUUAGGAGGGCCGAGCCAAUAGGAACUCUGCAACUCGCUUGCCCGUCUCCCACGCCGCGACUUUGGUGCCAAGGUGCGUGAGAAUGCCAUUUCCUUGCGCACUACAUUGGCGAUUCGCGUGGAAAGCGCCGCUGACACCGCCGCCAAAUCUUCCUGUCAAGCGACUGACUUUGAGUUCACUGCACAUUUUUUUUUUGUUUUCGGGGCCGAAAAGCAUGUUAAGAAGGCCUGGGAGACGUCUGCUGAAAAAGAGACAGCGGGAAAUGCAUGCAUGUGGGAGCGUGGGUCCGGCCCAGCCUGUAUAUAGGAGUGCUCUGCGACCGCGGAUCACUAUUGACCGCGCAGCACAGCGUGCAUAGCGAGCACAGCGAGCGCCAUGACCCUGGUGACCGAGGCCCUGGUGCUGGCCGCGGUGGGCGGCGUCACCACACUGCUGGCGCUGUUCCUGCAGCAGUACAUCCACUUCCGGAGGCUGGAGCUGGCCAUCCCGGGGCCGGCGUCGCUGCCGCUGCUCGGCAACACGCUGGACUUCGUGAACGUGACCCCCGACACCGCGCUCAAGACCAUCAGGCGGCUGGUGGGCGGCCGCAGCGAGCUCACCCGCUUCUCCCUCAUGAACCACCUGGUGGUGUUCGUCAACGACGCCGAGGCCAUUGACUGCGUGGCGCGCCGGCCCGAGUUCCAGACCAAGGCGCGCUUCGUGUACCACCUGCUGGACGACCCGCGGAGUCUGCUGCAGCUGGGCGGCGCGGAGUGGCGCGCGCGUCGCAAGGCGCUGGAGCCCGGCUUCCACAAGAAGGUCCUGGACAGCUACAUGGACAUCUUCCACGGCGAGGCCAAGGGCUUCGCGGACAGCCUGGCCGUCGGCGAGCCCGUGGACGUGGCGGGGCCCCUGCGGGAGGCCACCUCCAGGAACUUCCUCCGGACCUCCGGGCGCCCGGACCUGGAGGGCGACGUGAAGCCCUUCGUCGACUUCUUCCAGACGUUCCUGUUCGCCGUCAACCGGCGCGCCUUCAACCCCCUGCUGUGGUCCAAGCGCCUGUUCGAGAUGACGCCCCUGGGGAGGAACGUCGCCAAGAUGAGGGAGGCGCUGCACGACCUCAUCAGGGAGGGCCUCGCGGCGAAGCAUGCCGAAGUGAAACAACCGGGCGGGAAAGGCCGGCAGUCCGGCAGGGCCCGGAAAACCCUCACGGACAUCCUGGCCGACCUGCACGACAAGGGCGAGAUCCUGGAGGACGACGUCGUCGACGACCUCAAGACCUUCUUCGGCGCCAACGUGGAGACGACGGUGGCCACGGUGAGCUGGGCCCUCAAGCUGCUGUCCAUGCACCCCGAGGUGCAGGAGCGCCUGUUCGCGGAGGUGACUGCCGUGCUCGGGGACCGGGACGUCACCGUCGAGGACCUGCCCAAGAUGAAGUACCUGGACUGCGUCAUCAAGGAGACGAUGCGCAUGUUCCCGCCGCUGCCCUUCGUGGGCCGCCAGUGCGUCCGGGAGACGGCGCUGUGCGGCCACGUCCUGCCGGCCAACAGCUCGGUCAUGCUCAACAUCCUGGCCGUGCACUGGGACCCCCGGCACUGGCCCGAGCCGCACGUCUUCGAGCCGGGCCGCUUCCUGCCCGAGCACAGCCGGGGCCGCCCCCGCGGCGCACACAUCCCCUUCAGCGUCGGCAGCCGCAACUGCAUCGGCGGCAAGUACGCCAUGAUGGUGGUGGCCACGCUGCUGGCCGCCACCGUCCGCGCCCACAGGGUGCUGCCCGUGGGCGACCACGAGGACGUCCAGAGCCUCGUGGACAACAUGGCCUUCGACCUGACGAGCAGGCUCGUGGGCGGCAUUAAAGUCGUCUUCCAGCCCAGAGGCAGCGACAGCGGCGGCCCCGCUGGCCGCGCCAGACGGGCCGCACGUGCAAUUGGUGCUUGACGUUCUUGUACUUGGCCCUCUUAGGGCCGGGCGUAAAAUAGAACUAGCAAGUGCCCGAGGGAAGAAGGAGAAGGAGAGCACGAAGUUAAGGCAAACGCACACUUUUCGACAAAGCCUGACUGUACUAUUGCGUGGCAAUCGGGAAAGCCGCGGCCGAUAAUCUGCCGACGUCGCUCCAAGUUCAAGGCAGCAUUGCCUCCGCUUCCUGGAAGCGUAACCCUUCGACCGUGCGCCAGCGCCGCGACGGCCCUGGAGCCACUCCAGUGGAGUGGAGACGGGUGGCGAAGGCCGAAGGCAGCCAAAAGCCGAACCGAUCGAAGGGUGGUUGCUAGCCGAGAGUGCUCGGCGUUCCAUUUUUGCCGAGUACGUUUCGAACAUACUCGGCAGAGUAUGCAGGCGAGUGGCAGGUCUUUGCGACGAUGCCGGCCCGCGGUGAGCAGCCUGUUCGGCUUUCGGCUGCUCUCGGCCUUCGCCACUCGUCGGCACUCCACUGGAGUGACUCCAGGCGUCGCGGCGCUCGCGUGCGGCCCAAGGGUUGCACUUCCAGGAAGUGGAGGCACGGCGGCCUUGGACUUGGCAUGACUCGGCCGCUAAUCGGCCACGGCUUUCCCGAUUGCCUUGCGGUAGUAGUCACGCCUUGCUGAAAAGCGCGCUGCCAGCCCGAAACUUCCUCUACUUCACCUUGCCAGCACUUCCCUUUUAACCUCGGCCUGUUCCUUCCAAAGAAGACAGCUGCCAAGUCCGGGACCUCCUUCAAGUCCUACGUGUCUGUAAAAGCGCACCCUGUGAUUUUACGAAGCCAAUAAAAUUGAAUUCAGUAGUUGUUCUUCCUCUUCUUCUCCGUCUUCUCU